AAUCAUUUCUCACCUUAUAUCGGUUAACCAUCAUAACCUCAAAACCAAAAAUGGCAAAAGCCUUAGUCACACUCAUCCUGAGCUUCUUCGCUCUUCUGGCCAUCUCCGAGGGAGCUACAUCCCCACUAAACCAAGCCGAUGCCCUGAUCCAAGUUGUCGAUGACAUCAACGUCUUCCGGGCUGCCAAUCCGGAUAUCAAGCUGAUUCCCCUGGAAGUUGGUUCACAAACCAAAAACGCUCGGCAACAGAUCACCUAUGCGAUUGGGAAUCGUCAGUCCGGGGAUCGAUUGGUAUCGGUCAAUCAGGAUUCCGCUUCCUGGCCAACGCUGCAGGAUGUCAAGCUGACGCUGUCCUAUCCGGUCUCCGGAGUCGGUGCCGUCGUGACGUACGUGGAGAUUGUGGUCCAGCAGUCGUCCAACAUUGGUCGAGGAUACGUCGUGGCUGGAGGUAUCGGGCAACGUUUCAUUCAGGUCAUCAUCGAGGCGAAUGCAACCAGUUACUUCUCGUAUAGUGCGCAAAUUUUCGGGAAAUAGAUUCCUUACAUUAUCUGUGCAAUAAACUUUAACUUUAAACUUUAA